AUGGAACAAGAUGUUGUAAAUUUGAAAAACCAUACUACUCAAUAUAAAGUACUGAAAGAUGAAGAGAUAAAACAAAAAGCCCUGAAGACAUAUAUGGAUAGCGAUGAGUAUAAAAAAGAAGUUGAAGCAAAUGUAAAGGCAGAAAAACUUUUACAGUUGCAAAACCAAACCGUACAGUAUGAAAACUUAGCACAAGAAAGUAAAAAUAACGACGCGGCUAUGCAAAAGGCAAUGAAAAGCGCAGAAUAUAUAAAAGCUAACAAUGACUGGUUAGAUGCCCAAGCCAACGCUAAAGCAGCCCAACUUAUAGGGUCAAUAAGGACAAAAAUACAAGCGGAUGA